AUGACACUAGAAGCUUUAUCAUCAACCGGUCUCUUAAACUUUUUGCUCUCUGAGACUCUUUCACCAACCCCAUUCAAAACUCUCGUCGAUCUCGAGCCAUCGCCGGAAAAUGACGACAUCAUCAUGUCCAAGAACACAGUUCCGGCGAUAUCUCAACAAGAACCACCGUUGCGGCAGCCACCACCGGCUAGCAGAGGGAAGAAGCGGAGGAGGAGGAAGCCUAGGGUUUGCAAAAAUGAAGAAGAAGCUGAAAAUCAACGAAUGACUCACAUCGCCGUAGAAAGAAAUCGAAGAAGACAGAUGAAUCAACAUCUCUCUGUCUUAAGAUCUCUCAUGCCUCAACCUUUUGCUCAAAAGGGUGAUCAAGCUUCAAUAGUUGGUGGAGCCAUAGAUUUCAUCAAAGAACUUGAACAUCAGUUACUAUCUCUUGAAGCUCAAAAGAUAUCUAAAGUAAACCAGACGGUUACUUCUUCAACAAGUCAAGACUCUAACGGCGAACCGGAGAAUCCUCAUCAACCAUCUUCAGUAUCACUAUCGCAGUUCUUUCUUCACUCCUACGAUCCGAACCAGGAGAAUAGAAAUGGCUCAACAAGCUCGGUUAAAACCGCUAUGGAAGAUCUCGAAGUGACUCUAAUCGAAACUCAUGCUAACAUCAGAAUCUUGUCGAGAAGAAGAGGCUUCCGGUGGACCUCAGUGGCCACCACCGGACCACCGCAACUUUCGAAGCUGGUGGCUGCUUUACAAUCACUCUCCCUCUCCGUACUUCACCUCAGUGUCACAACAUUGGAAGAUUUUGCUGUUUACUCCAUCAGCACUAAGGUGGAAGAGAGUUGCCAGCUAAGUUCAGUAGAUGACAUUGCAGGAGCAGUUCAUCACAUGCUAAGUAUCAUUGAAGAGGAGCCUUUUUGUUGUUCAUCAAUGUCAGAAUUACCCUUCAACUUUCCUUUAAAUCACACAAAUACCACUCAUUCUCUCUGA